AUGCGAGACGGGCGGGCUCACGUAUCGACGACCGACUACCGGUGGUCCACUUCGCCGCCCCCCAAACCCGAAUCCGACGUCAUUUCCCGCCUGAAUCCCAUACCAUCUCCCAACGCCAACCAAAGAGCUCCAGCGCGCAAAAAAUAA